AUGAAGGGCGAACUGGGGGAGGCCGAGCAGGUCCUGCACCAAGCCCUGCGGCUCUCGCACCAGUCGGAGAACAGGAAAGCCAUCGUUUACACCUACAGCAUGAUGGCAAACGUGGCCUUCAUGCGGGGGCAGCUGGAGAAUGCAGAAAAGCUCUACAAAGCAAGCAUGAGCUAUUUGCUUGCAGGGGACACGAAGGAGGAUGACAAUGCAAUCCUUGAGAUGUCCCUCAAGCUGGCCAGUAUCUAUGCUGCUCAGAAACAGCACAAGUUAGCUGUGGCUGGCUACCAGUUCUGCAUCCUGACCUUAGAGGAGAAAAUUGCCAAACAAAAGGACUUGCCUGAGGACGUCUUACCAGCUGAAGAAAAGGCCAACACGCAUCUCUUGCUUGGGAUGAGCCUAGACUCCUAUGCUCGCUAUCUGCUAAACAUUAACCAGCUCCCAGUGGCCCAAAAAAUGUAUGAGAAGGCUCUGCAGAUAUCAAAUGAUGUUCAAGGAGAGACUCUGCCACAGACUGUGGUGCUGAUGAAUGACUUGGCAACUGUACUGGAUGCUCAGGGGCACUACGAUGAGGCAUACUCCUAUGUGAAGAGGGCAGCUGAGCUGGCAAAGGAGACUGAACACCCUGAGGAGCACAUGGUGCUGAAUAACCUGGCAGCAAUUCUGAUGCACAAAGAAGACUUUCUGCAAGCAAAACAAGUGUACAAAGAAGCUCUCAAACAGGCACAACAGAAAGGAGAUGUUGCUUCUGUCCAGCAUAUCCAGGAAGAACUAGCUGAGCUGGCCAAGAGGAGAAAAGGCUCCAAAUAAGUUUGGCCACAGAGUCCAACCUUGAGGUGGCUGACAGCAGCAAGGGUUGGUCCGUGACAGCAGCCUGGGACCAGUCUGGUGCAAUUCUGGAGCAGCAAGGAGGAGUUUAAGGACUGCUUAACAAGAAGGGCUGGUAUUGCCUAACAACUUAGCCCAAAAUAAAGUUGUGAAAUCUUAA